AAUACGCGCGCGCACUCUUUAUUUACAUUUCAAAUUGAUGUUUGCUAAACAAUUAUAUUAACCUGUAAUUGAUAUAAAAUAUACAGAAUGUACAAUUCGAUUUUUACUUAUACCACCUGUUGUAUCUACAUAUGUGUAUAGGACAUAUAUACGAUGGGGUUCAUUAGCAUAGUCAUAGCCCUGAAUAGCCCAUAACCCCGGUUACCCAUGCCGUGCUCGUAUACCCGUAAGUCAACGUUACAUCGCUGGUAAAAAGUUUUCACAUAAAUCAUGAGCGAGAUAAUUUCAUUGAAUAACGAGUGUGGAUUUAAAUAUUCACAAAAGGAAAAUAAACAUGAGGAAUAUCAGUAUUUACAUUUAAUUGAUAAAAUUAUUAAACAGGGAAUUAAGAAAUCCGAUCGUACAGGAGUUGGUACACUAUCGCUUUUUGGAACUCACAUGAGAUUUAGUUUAAGAGAUGAUGUAUUUCCAUUACUAACCACAAAAAGGGUGUUUUGGAAAGGAGUGGUCGAAGAAUUGCUAUGGUUCAUAAGGGGAUCAACAAAUGCUAAAGAACUAUCAUCCAAAGGUGUUCAUAUUUGGGAUGCUAAUAGCUCACGCGAGUAUCUAGAUUCAUGUGGAUUCACAGAUAGAGAAGAGGGAGAUCUGGGACCUGUUUACGGAUUUCAAUGGAGGCACUUUGGAGGAAAAUACAAAAAUAUGUACACUGAUUAUAAUGGUCAAGGUAUAGACCAAUUGAAGGAUGUCAUAGAUAAGAUAAAAAAUUCUCCCGAUGACAGAAGAAUUAUUAUGUCAGCUUGGAAUGUAGUUGAUAUCCCACAAAUGGCACUACCUCCUUGCCAUUGUUUUGUGCAAUUUUUUGUGGGCAAUGGUGAAUUAUCUUGUCAACUUUAUCAAAGAAGUGCUGACAUGGGUCUUGGUGUACCUUUCAACAUAGCAUCUUAUUCUCUAUUGACUUACAUGAUAGCACAUGUUACAAAUUUAAAGCCAGGUGAAUUUGUACAUACAAUGGGCGACUGUCAUGUGUAUCUCAAUCAUAUAUCUGCACUCACAGAACAACUAGAACGCGAGCCGAGAUCAUUCCCACAUUUAAAAAUAGUUAGGGAUGUUCAAAAUAUUGAUGAGUUUCUACCUGAAGAUUUCGAAUUGAUUGGCUACAAACCACAUGCGAAAAUCGCUAUGGCGAUGGCCGUUUAACCAUUUUGAUGAGUCACUACUUACAAUUUUUUGAAGAACAGGAUCAUCAAGAAAGUAAGCAUUGUCAAUUCAGUUUACACAAUCGAUAAACGAAUAUAAUUCAAGUUAUUUUACAAUUUCUAACUAUAUCUAUACUUUAUUUCCUAAUAAAAAUUAUGGUUUUAAUAAA